CACUGUGUUGUCACUCCUCAUCCCUUGCAGCUGGUGCACACACAUGCUGUGCUUCGCUGAGUUGUAGCAUUGGGCGGGGAGAAGUCACUGAAGCAGGUAUAGCCUGAUUUGUUUUAUAGGCACAGUAUCACCUAACAAUUUGUUUUCUAGGGACACUAUCACCUAAUUUGCCAUGAAUAAGAAGAACAUCAGCCCAGCCAACUUUAUGGUUGUAAAUAAACUUACCCAAUUUUUUAUUCCAAAGAAGUAAAAACUGAAAAAUGACAGCCCACAGGACGGACGGCAGUCUCUCUUCGGAGUAGUAGAUCCUACCCAGCACCCAUGAAGUAGGUUUGGAAAGCCACUGCACUUUUGAGGGGAAGGUAAAACCUCUAACUAUGAGCCAGACAUGGGCGUGUCUUGGCAGUUCUAUUACCGGAUAUCUAUGCAUGGCCCUAAAGUUGGCCUAACUGUGUGACUCUUGGUGUUAAUGAUUACCCCGGGUGGUUGUCUCAACUACUGGGUUCUACUGGGCUGCAGGCAGUUCACCUGCAGGGGCAUCUCCAGAAAACAGCAUGUUUCCUUUGCUCCUUGGGGCUGGGCUGGUGGUUCUGAAUCUAGUGACUUCUGCUAGGAGCCAGAAGACAGAACCCCUAAGUGGCUCUGAGAACCAGCCACUCUUCCGUGGAGCUGAUCGACAUGACUUUGCCAUCAUGAUCCCUCCAGGAGGCACAGAAUGCUUUUGGCAAUUUGCCCACCAGACUGGGUACUUCUAUUUCAGUUAUGAGGUUCAGCGGACACUGGGGAUGUCACAUGACCGGCAUGUUGCUGCCACUGCUUAUACCCCACAAGGUUUCCUCAUAGACACCUCUCAAGAUGUUCGAGGCCAGAUUAACUUCUCUACCCAAGAGACAGGUCUGUUUUUAUCACUCCAGCUAUUGUAAUAUAUCAUAAGUUUCUAUGAAAUAGGGAAAAUAAUGAGGAAGCUGCAUGGCGGAAGGAGAAAAUAAAAUCUGUUUUCCCUCCCACAGCAGAGUACACGAAAGGUGCAGACCAACAUCUUUCACAUGUGGCGCUACUACAACUUUGCACGGAUGAGGAAAAUGGCUGACUUUUUUCUUCUCCAGUCAAAUUAUAACUAUGUGAACUGGUGGUCAACAGCCCAAAGCCUUGUAAUUAUUCUUUCUGGGAUCCUGCAGCUGUAUUUUUUGAAGCGUCUUUUCAACGAUCCAACAACUACAGACACAAAGAAGCCAAGGUGCUAAGCAAGAUGCACGACAGCUCCCUAGCUCUUGUCUUCUCUGCGGAAACUUAGUCAAAAUUUUGGUCAAAUCAGCUUUGUAAAGUCAUGGGGAAAAAAAUCUCCCUUGUUAAUAUUUCCGUUUAUUGGACUCCUAUAUAAAAAGGAAAAGAGCAAUAAAUAACAAAAAAUGUUCGAAACACUGGCU